AUGGAGCAGGCCGAGAUUCAGAGACAGGACAAGGACAGCGACUGCGUCGACAACGUUGGAGAAGAACAGGAAGAACAAGCAGAGCAAGAGCACGACCGCUACAAGAACAACCCAGAACUCCUCGGCGAACACAAACCAAAGGCGACUCGACUAUUUUCUUUCGACUGGGCCAGUGGGUUCGUAUCCCCGUUCCGUCCUACACCAGAGGGCAUUCUUAGCAAGCUGCUUAGUCAUGUCGAUUUCUCAGGACCAGAAUCGGGUACAUUGCUCGAUCUGGGCUGUGGGGAUGGGUUGGUUCUGGUUCAGGCGCUCAAGGCUUUCCCGCGAUCGCAACUCAGACGUGCCGUUGGUGUGGAUCUUGAUAGAGAACUUCUUGAUUAUGCCAAGGGCAAGAUCCUACGGAACAAUGAUGAUGGAAGGAGGGAAGGGGAUGAUGAUGGGCAGGAGUAUGGGGUCUUAGGACGGUUGGAGUUGUAUCACGGAGAUUUGACGACUAGGGACGAGGCGUUGAGCGUGAUCAUGACGCCCACGGCUGCCGAUCAUGGAGCGGAGAUAGAGGGAAAGGAAUCGAUGACAAUGAGGAUAUUAUUGGAUGAAUGUUCACAUAUUUUUGUGUAUUUGCUGCCUGAGGCAUUGUCGAAGCUAGCGGGGUUACUGAAGGAAGCUGUGGAACGGCGGCAGAAGGUUGUGUUGUCGAUGCGAUGGGAGAUUCCGGAGCUCCGUGGAUACCAGGUUCAUGGUGGGGUGGAUUUGCAGUACUAUGUCUACAAACUGGUAUAG